AUGUUCGACGCAGAAGAGCGCCGCAGGAGGCGGCUGUUCAGACACCGUAGGGCUCCGGGCCCCGCUGCCACCCCACACCUCAGCAGCAGCAGCAGAUGCAGCAGCAGCAGCAGUAGUAGCAGCAGCAGCAGAAGGGCUGGGCGGAGGAGCCGCAGCAGGAGCUCGAGUCGCGGUCACAGGCACCCGCCGCCCGUCAAGCAGCGCAGCCCUUGGUCUGUGCUGCAGCAGCAGGAGGGAGCAGCAGCAGCAGCAGCAGCAGAAGCCACGCAGCUUAUCCCAGCAGCCUCACCUUCUUCUUUAGGGGCCCCCACGGGGUCCCCUGGGGGACCAGAGGGGCCUCCAGGGGGCUCCCAGGGGCCCCCAGGGGGCCCCCAGGGGCCCUCUGGGGGCUCUUGGGGGCCCGGGGCGCAUGCAGAUGGACCUGCUGCUGCUGAUGCCUGGGGCCCCACAGGGAGCCCUUCAUUGCUGCCUGCUGCUGCUGGUGACCAACUUUUGGGUGGAGAAGAGCCAGUGUCCCCGCAACAACAACAGCAGCAGCAGCAGCAGCAGCAGCAGCAGCAAGGGGAACAGGAGCUUGUCCAGCAGCAGCUGAGACGGAAGAUUCAGCUUCAGCCACGCCAGCGAGACGAGCAGCAGCAGCUGCUGCAGUGUAGAAAGAUAGAGCUGCAGCAGCAGCAGCAGCAGCAGACUCCAGAAGCACACGACGACGGCUUUUUGGAAGGGCAGCAGCAGCGAACGGUGCAGCUGCAGCAGCAGCGCCGGACGGUUCAGUUGCAGCAGCGGCACGAGCAGCAAUACGAGCAGCAGCAGAAGCAGCAGCCGGCGUUGCAGCACCACUGGCAGCAGGAGGGCUGGGGCAGCAGCUGCCAGCGGUGGCGCAGCCUUGGGGGCGGGCAGCAGCAGCCGCAGCAGCAGCACGGCGAGGUGCAGCAGCAGCAGAUGGGACGGCGCUGCAUUUUAAAGGAUUCUCCUUUUGUGAGGUCUUUGCCUGUCCUACGAGAAGCACGAGCCUGGGGGUGCUGCCGCAGCGCUGCAGCAGCAGCAACAGCAACAAGAGGAAGGCAGCAGCAGCAGCUCGUAGCGCUUGGGCGCAGCAGCCGCUGCUUCGAGCUGCAGCCUGUGCGGCGGCAGCAGCACUGUGUGCCUGCAGCAGCCUUGGGAAGGCGGUACCCAGGAUCUUGA